CUCGGAAGUCGGAGAUGUCCGAGUUCCCAUUUGUUUUUAACGCGGCAAAAAACCUUUGGCAUUACUACAAGCUGGCAGCAGUUGCGGGAAGCAUCUUCAAUUGUGGCGGAGGACUGACUCUUCUUGUUUUUAACUUUCUGUUGCCAACCAGGCAGAAAAUGUGAACAUCUAAUAUCGGUAGCUAUGUUUUAUUGUUAUUGCAUUAUGCCUGGCGUUAUCAAAGGAUAGCUACUGUUUGGCCUUGGCUUUGUUAGCGAGAAGCUAACGGAGUCAUGGUAUUAGGGGUACAGUCAGCUAACUUGUGUUGCUAGCGGUUAUCAUGUUUUGUUCUAACUAUCUCUGUUGCACACUUGUUUUGAUCCGGCGGACUCACUAAACACAAAGGAUUCGUUUGUAAGUUAUGUGCGAGUGUUGGGAGUGUUCCCCUGGCUAUCCGUCAAUGAAUAAAAAAACAAUACUGUGCGGUGUGGGUUGCUUAAUAUAAGCAAUUUGAAAUGAUUUAUACUUUUUAACUUUUGAUACUUAAGUAUAUUUUUUGCAAUUUACAUUUACUUUUGAUACUGAAGUAUAUUUAAAACCAAAUACAUUUAGACUUUUACUCCAGUAGUAUUUUACUGGGUCACUUUCACUUUUACUUGAGGGAUGUAGCGCAGUUGAUAGAGCAUGGCGUUUGCAACGCCAGGGUUGUGGGUUCGAUUCCCACGGGGGGCCAGUAUAAAAAAAUAAAAAUAUAUAAAAUAUGUAUUCACUAACUAUAGCAUAUUAUAGCAUAUAAGUCGCUCUGGAUAAGAGCGUCUGCUAAAUGACUAAAAAUGUAAAUGUAAAUGUAAACUUAAGUCAUGUUCUAUUAAGGUAUCUAAGUAUGACAAUUGGGUACUUUUUCCACCACUGCUAAUUGGCCACCUGAAACGAGAAUUAGUGAUAUCAACUAGUUAUGCCACCUAGCUAUAGAGGUUUCCGUUUCCAUUAUCACAAAGCAGCACAUUUCUGUAAAAAAUAAUUAUAAGGAAAAGUAACACAUUCUCUGACACCAUCCCAGGUUGCAAUAGCCUAAUGUAGCUUGCCAAAUUAGGCCGUUUUUCCCUUCAUCUUUCCACAAUUCCAGCACAAUGUUGGUUUGAGUUGUGUGAAAGAAAGUGCUCCUCAAAUUAUGAAUCCCAGUCCCCCCUCAAUCGCAUAAGUAUGAACACUGUUUAACAGCACAUGCACAACUCAAUCGUCGGAUCCUUUGAACCAAGUGAACAAACGCCACACCCAAAGAGACCCAUGCAGCCUAUCCUGUCCUUUCAGCUAGAAGAGGAUGGACGUGAAAGCUGCUGCACAGUGGAGUCAAGGUGGAGGAUGGAAGAGUCAUGACCACUGAGUGUUGUGGCAAUGGUGUCAUGACUCCAGUGAUAUGGCUGGUUGCCUGGUUACUACAGGCACAUUCAGGUGAGACAUUUUGCAUAGCUUGUCCUCCCUCUGCCUCUUGUAUGGUAUAUGUUCCACGGGAACGUUAUGGCUUCAUGAUUGUAGUCAUCAUUACUGUAUUUCUGAGGGGUAAUACUUAAAGUAACUGUCCAGUGGGAUUUCUUUUGAAAUAAUGACCUAUAAUGAAUUACAAUAUGAGUGAAAUAUUUUUUAUUCCUAAAGAUGCUAAUUUAAGUAUGUUAAAAAGCAGCUUUCCUGUGUUUGAAUGGUUGGCCGUACCCCAGCAACAAUAUGGUGUGGGUGUGGCUUAUACUUUAAGUUACUUUGAGCAGUAAGGCCUGAGUGGGUGUGGUCUAUUUAAGCAGUAAGGCCUGAGUGGGUGUGGUCUAUUUAAGCAGUAAGGCCUGAGUGGGUGGGUUAAAUUUUAAAAAUAAGGCCUGAGUGGGUGUGGUCUAAAUUUAAGCAAAAACGCCUAGGUGGGGUGGGCUAUUUAAGCAAAACGCCCGAGUGGGUGUGGGGCUAUUUAGCAAUAAGGCCGGGAAAGGGGUGUGGUCUAUUUAGAAAAAGGCCUAGUGGGUGUGGUAUAUUAAGAAACGCCUGAGGGGUGUGGUUAAGGCAAUAUGGCCGGAAGGGGUGUGGUCUAUUUAAUCAAUAAGGCCUGAGUGGGUGUGGUCUAUUUAAGCAAUAAGUCUGAGUGGGUUUUGGUCUAUUUAAGCAAUAAGGCCUGAGUGGGUGUGGUCUAUUUAAACAAUAAGGCCUGAGGGGUGUGGUCUAUUUAAGCAAAAAUGCCUGAGUGGGUGUGGUCUAUUUAAACAAUAAGGCCCCGAGGGGGUGUGGUCUAUUUAAGAAAUAAGGCCUGAGGGGGUGUGGUCUAUUUAAGCAAUAAGGCCUGAGUGGGUGUGGUCUAUUUAAACAAUAAGGCCUGAGGGGGUGUGGUCUAUUUAAGCAAAACGGCCGGAAGGGGUGUGGUCUAUUUAAUCAAUAAGGCCUGAGUGGGUGUGGUCUAUUUAAGCAAUAAGGUCUGAGUGGGUGUGGUCUAUUUAAGCAGUAAGGCCUGAGUGGGUGUGGUCUAUUUAAUAAAUAAGGCCUGAGUGGGUGUGGUCUAUUUAAGCAAUAACGCCUGAGUGGGUGUGGUCUAUUUAAGCAAAACGGCCUGAGUGGGUGUGGUCUAUUUAAGCAAUAAGGCCGGAAGGGGUGUGGUCUAUUUAAGCAAAAAGGCCUGAGUGGGUGUGGUAUAUUUAAGCAAAACGGCCUGAGUGGGUGUGGUAUAUUUAAGCAAUAAGGCCGGAAGGGGUGUGGUCUAUUUAAUCAAUAAGGCCUGAGUGGGUGUGGUCUAUUUAAGCAAUAAGGUCUGAGUGGGUGUGGUCUAUUUAAGCAAUAAGGCCUGAGGGGGUGUGGUCUAUUUAAGCAAUAAGGCCUGAGUGGGUGUGGUCUAUUUAAACAAUAAGGCCUGAGGGGGUGUGGUCUAUUUAAGCAAUAAGGCCUGAGGGGGUGUGGUCUAUUUAAGCAAUAAGGCCUGAGUGGGUGUGGUCUAUUUAAACAAUAAGGCCUGAGGGGGUGUGGUCUAUUUAAGCAAAACGGCCGGAAGGGGUGUGGUCUAUUUAAUCAAUAAGGCCUGAGUGGGUGUGGUCUAUUUAAGCAAUAAGGUCUGAGUGGGUGUGGUCUAUUUAAGCAGUAAGGCCUGAGUGGGUGUGGUCUAUUUAAGCAAAACGGCCUGAGUGGGUGUGGUCUAUUUAAGCAAAACGGCCUGAGUGGGUGUGGUCUAUUUAAGCAAUAAGGCCUGAGGGGUGUGGUCUAUUUAAGCAAUAAGGCCUGAGGGGGUGUGGUCUAUUUAAACAAUAAGGCCUGAGGGGGUGUGUUCUAUUUAAGCAAUAAGGCCUGAGUGGGUGUGGUCUAUUUAAGCAAUAAGGCCUGAGUGGGUGUGGUCUAUUUAAACAAUAAGGCCUGAGUGGGUGUGGUAUAUUUAAGCAAUAAGGCCUGAGUGGGUGUGGUCUAUUUAAGCAAUAAGGCCUGAGUGGGUGUGGUCUAUUUAAACAAUAAGGCCUGAGGGGGUGUGGUCUAUUUAAGCAAAACGGCCUGAGUGGGUGUGGUAUAUUUAAGCAAUAAGGCCUGAGUGGGUGUGGUCUAUUUAAACAAUAAGGCCUGCGUGGGUGUGGUCUAUUUAAGCAAAACGGCCUGAGUGGGUGUGGUCUAUUUAAGCAGUAAGGCCUGAGUGGGUGUGGUCUAUUUAAGCAAAACGGCCUGAGUGGGUGUGGUCUAUUUAAGCAAUAAGGCCUGAGUGGGUGUGGUAUAUUUAAACAGUAAGGCCUGAGUGGGUGUGGUAUAUUUAAGCAAUAAGGCCUGAGUGGGUGUGGUCUAUUUAAGCAAAACGGCCUGAGUGGGUGUGGUAUAUUUAAGCAAUAAGGCCUGAGUGGGUGUGGUCUAUUUAAACAAUAAGGCCUGAGGGGGUGUGGUCUAUGGCCAAUAUACCACGGCUAAGGGCUGUUCUAAUGCACGAAGCGGAGUGCCUGGAUACAGCCCUUAUCCGUGGCAUAUUGGCCAUAUAUCCAAACCCCCGAGAUGCCUAACUGCUAUUAUAAACUGGUUACCAACGUAAUUAGAACAGUAAACAAGUGAUUUUGUGUCAUAGUAUGUCGUUGUAUACGGUCUGAUAUACCACAGGUUUUCAGCCAAUCAGCAUCCAGGACCCAAACUACCUGUUUUGUGUUUUCUAGACACCCUAAAUAAAAUCUCUCCUCCUUCUUUCUCAGCUAUGUGUGAUCUGCCUGCUCCAGUGAAUGUGACACUCUCCUCCAGCCAUUUUGUCCACCUUCUGAAAUGGGAUCCAGGCCCGGAGUCCCCCGGGGGUGUGUACUACCUGGUCAAGGUUUGCUCUGACGGGUAUGUGUGUAUGAUGCAGGUGUGUCAUUCUGUCAUCCCAAUCUGUCUUCCCUGCAUUUGUUCUUUGGGAGAUUGAGUACUGUAAUCACAACAUAUUAUAGACCUAGAUGGAGAUAGACUUGUCAGAACAUGACUGGGUGUGUCUUCUUGCAUAUUAGCUCAAUGAUACACACACCAUACUUACUACUGUGGUCUAUUUAAUCAAUAAGACCUGAGUGGGUGUGGUAUAUUUAAGCAAUAAGGCCUGAGUGGGUGUGGUAUAUUAAAGCAAUAAGGCCUGAGUGGGUGUGGUAUAUUAAAGCAAAACUGCCUGAGUGGGUGUGGCGUAUUUAAACAAUAAGGCCUGAGGGGGUGUGGUCUAUGGUGGUCCUCUGUAGCUCAACUGGUAGAGCACGGCGCUUGUAACGCCAAGGUAGUGGGUUCGAUCCCUGGGACCACCCAUACACAAAAAAAAAAAAAAAAUGUAUGCACGCAUGACUGUAAGUCGCUUUGGAUAAAAGCGUCUGCUAAAUGGCAUAUUAUAAACUGAAAUAACACUAAUUUCAGUUAAUAAUAACAAUUAUAAUAACAAUUACUGUGUAAUGUUCGUCCAACGAGCAAACAAAUAAGUCAAAGUUAACUCAAUAAACUUCUGUUGGUCUUGAACCUCUCUCUCUCUCUCUCUCUCUCUCUCUCUCUCUCUCUCUCUCUCUCUCUCUCUCUCUCUCAUCCCUGUGUUUUGUUCCCCCUGUACAGAAUGGUUGGACAGCCUUGGGAAGUGGUGGCUGGUUGUGAGCAUGUGGAGUUCCCUCUGGAGUGUAACCUGACUAAAGCAUUCUCUAGCCGCAAUCACAUCUACUACAACCAGGUGUUCACUGUGUUGGGGAACCAAGUCUCACUCCCGGCCUACCAAAAAGGCUUUAAACCCAUCACCGACAGUGAGUGUCAGCAUUUCCUCAGUCAAGCCAAAGGAGAGCAGGCCAGUGCUUAUCAGGGUUGUGGGGGAAGGAGGGACCGGGGAUGGAGUUUGUAGGGUUAACGUUAAAAUACUUUGGAGUUGUGUUCAGGAGCACUAGCAGUGCUUGUCAAAUAGAACCACUAGUAGGCCUACACAUUCUCCAUAUGUACUCCACACGUUCUCCUACGUUCUCCAUACGUUCUCCAUUAAAAAAAAAAAAUAUGUUCUCCCCUUUGGAUAGACUUUAAAACAGCUUGGUUGCAAAGCAACCACUGAGUGCUGUUUGUCCCUCUGUGUGUCCUGUAGCCCACCUGGAUCCACCCGUGGUGAGUGUGAGGGCCUGUGGCAGCACUCUGUGUGUGGGCCUGAGGCCUCCUGUGGACGGCCUGCGGGAUCUCUACGACAGAUUCCACUACAAAUUCAACAUCAGUAGCAGCACCAGGCUUGGAGCUACGGUGAGGACAGGAAGAGCCAAACCUUUUGAAAAUCUAAAACAUGCCUAGGGGUUGGGGCUAUAUGGGUCCAUUUGAAAUUGAGUGACACAUUCACACACAGUAUAACGCACACUGCAUCAUCAGAUAUGCUUAUUAUUGCAUGACAUGUUCUUAUUUCAGUGCUAAAUAUCUCUUCAGUGUGUUCAAGCAUGAUGCAUGGUUUGAUUGGUUUUAAAAAAUAUAUAUAUUUGCCACAUGCGCCGAAUACAACAGGUGAAAUGCUUACUUACAAGCCCUUAACCAACAAUGCAGUUUUAAGAAUUAAAAAAGAGGUACAAAAAUAGAUAAGUUAAAAAUAAAGCAAUGCAAAUAGUCCGGGUAGCCAUGAUUAGCUGUUAAGGAGUCUUAUGGCUUGGGGGUAGAAGGUGUUAAGAAGCCUUUUGGACCUAGACUUGGCGCUCCGGUACCGCUUGCCAUGCGGUAGCAGAGAGAACAGUCUAUGACUAGGGUGGCUGGAGUCUUUGACAAUUUUUAAGGCCUUCCUCUGACACCGCCUGGUAUAGAGGUCCUGGAUGGCAGGAAGCUUGGCCCCAGUGAUGUACUGGGCCGUACGCACUACCCUCUGUAGUGCCUUGCGGUCGGAGGCCGAGCAAUUGCCAUACCAGGCAGUGAUGCAACCAGUCAGGAUGCUCUCGAUGGUGCAGCUGUAGAACUUUUUGAAGUCUCCUGAGGGGGAAUAGGCUUUGUCGUGCCCUCUUCACGACUGUCUUGGUGUGUUUGGACCAUGAUAGUUUGUUGGUGAUGUGGACACCAAGGAACUUGAAGCUCUCAACCUGUUCCACUACAGCCCCGUCGAUGAGAAUGGGGGUGUGCUCAAUCCUCUUUUCUUUCCUGUAGUCCACAAUCUUCUCCUUUGUCUUGAUCACAUUGAGGGAGAGGUUGUUAUCCUGGCACCACACGGCUAGGUCUCUGACUUCCUCCCUAUAGGCUGUCUCAUCGUUGUCUGAGAUCAGGCCUACCACUGUUGUGUCAUCGGCAAACUUAAUGAUGGUGUUGGAGUCGUGCCUGGCCAUGCAGUCAUGAGUGAACAGGGAAUACAGGAGGGGACUGAGCACGCACCCCUGAGGGGACUGAGCACGCACCCCUGAGGGGCCCUCGUGUUGAGGAUCAGCGUGGCAGAUGUGUUGUUACCUACCCUUACCACCUGGGGGCAGCCCGUCAGAAAGUCCAGGAUCCAGUUGCAGAGGGAGGUGUUUAGUCCCAGGGUCCUUAGCUUAGUGAUGAGCUUUGAGGGCACUACCCUUUAGCUCAAUGCGGAUGUUGCCUGUAAUCCAUGGCUUCUGUUUGGGGUAUGUACGUACGGUCACUGUAGGGACGACGUCAUCGAUGCACUUAUUGAUGAUGCGAGUGACUGAUGUGGUGUACUCCUCAAUGCCAUCGGAAGAAUCCCGGAACAUAUUCCAGUCUGUGCUUGCAAAACAGUCCUGUAGCUUAGCAUCUGCGUCAUCUGACCACUUCCUUAUUAAACGAGUCACUGGUGCUUCCUGCUUUAGUUUUUGCUUAUAAGCAGGAAUCAGGAGGAUAUAAUUAUGGUCAGAUUUGCCAAAUGGAGGGCGAGGGAGAGAUUUGAACGCGUCUCUGUGUGUGGAGUAAAGGUGGUCUAGAGUUUUUUUUCCUCUAGUUGCACAUUUAACAUGCUGGUAGAUUAUACAGCUCGUUGAGUACAGUUUUAGUGCCAGCAUUGGUUUGUGGUGGUAAAUAGACAGCUACGAAAAAUAUGGAGGAAAACUCUCUUGGUAAAUAGUGUGGUCUACAGCUUAUCAUGAGAUACUCUACCUCAGGAGAGCAAAACCUUGAGACUUCCUUAAUAUUAGAUUUCGUGCACCAGCUGUUGUUUACAAAUAUACUGUUGUGUGUCCAGUUCUCUGUGCAGACGGAGUCUCUGAAAGGAGUGAUUCUAAAGGACCUGGCUCCAGGCAGAGAGUACUGUGUCUCCGUCAGCAUCUUAGACAACCAGGAGAUUCGCACAAAGAGCUCUUCCUACAGCCAACCACACUGUGCUUUCACUGCUGCCAAGUACACCGCAGGUACACUGUGUGUGUGUGUGUGUUUGUGUGUGUGUGUGUGUGUGUGCGCGCAAAUACAGUGGGGAGAACAAGUAUUUGAUACACUGCCGAUUUUGCAGGUUUUCCUACUUAUAAAGCAUGUAGAGGUCUGUAAUUUUUAUCAUAAGUACACUUCAACUGUGAGAGACGGAAUCUAAAACAAAAAUCCAGAAAAUCACAUUGUAUGAUUUUUAAGUAAUUAAUUAGCAUUUUAUUGCAUGACAUAAGUAUUUGAUCACAUACCAACCAGUAAGAAUUCCGGCUCUCACAGACCUGUUAGUUUUUCUUUAAGAAGCCCUCCUGUUCUCCACUCAUUACCUGUAUUAACUGCACCUGUUUGAACUCGUUACCUGUAUAAAAGACACCUGUCCACACACUCAAUCAAACAGACUCCAACCUCUCCACAAUGGCCAAGACCAGAGAGCUGUGUAAGGACAUCAGGGAUAAAAUUGUAGACCUGCACAAGGCUGGGAUGGGCUACAGGACAAUAGGCAAGCAGCUUGGUGAGAAGGCAACACCUGUUGGCGCAAUUAUUAGAAAAUGGAAGAAGUUCAAGAUGACGGUCAAUCACCCUCGGUCUGGGGCUCCAUGCAAGAUCUCACCUCGUGGGGCAUCAAUGAUCAUGAGGAAGGUGAGGGAUCAGCUCAGAACUACACGGUCAAUGACCUGAAGAGAGGGGGCCAUGUAUCGCAAGGUCUUGGCCAACAACCUCCUUCCCUCAGUAAGAGCAUUGAAGAUGGGGCGUGGCUGGGUCUUCCAGCAUGACAACGACCCGAAACACACAGCCAGGGCAACUAAGGAGUGGCUCCGUAAGAAGCAUCUCAAGGUCCUGGAGUGGCCUAGCCAGUCUCCAGACCUGAACCCAAUACAAAAUCUUUGGAGGGAGCUGAAAGUCCGUAUUUCCCAGCGACAGCCCCGAAACCUGAAGGAUCUGGAGAAGGUCUGUAUGGAGGAGUGGGCCAAAAUCCCUGCUGCAGUGUGUGCAAACCUGGUCAAGACCUACAGGAAACGUAUGAUCUCUAUAAUUGCAAACAAAGGUUUCUGUACCAAAUAUUAAGUUCUGCUUUUCUGAUGUAUCAAAUACUAAUGUCAUGCAAUAAAAUGCAAAUUAAUUACUUAAAAAUCAUACAAGGUGAUUUUCUGGAUUUUUGUUUUAGAUUCCGUCUCUCAAGUGUACCUAUGAUAAAAAUUACAGACCUCUACAUGCUUUGUAAGUAGGAAAACCUGCAAAAUCGGCAGUGUAUCAAAUACUUGUUCUCCCCACUGUAUGUGUCCAUGCUAGUAGUCUUUGCGUCCUGACUGUCUCUCUCUCUCCACAGACACAGAGAUCUCAGUGGUUUUGUGUUUGCUUGUGUUGUUUGGGCUGUGUGCUGCCCUACUGGUCCACACUGGAUUCAUCUGUCUGAGACAACCCCUUCCAGAAGUACUGGUAAGCUAUAGACUGAUACAGUUAGAUCUAUUCCAGCCCUGGUUUCAAUCAAUCAAUCAAAUGUAUUUUAUAAAGCCCUUUUUACAUCAGCAGUUGUCACAAAGUACUUUACAGAUACCCAGUCUAAAACCCCAAAGAGAAAGCAAUGCAGAAACUAGGGAAAAACUCCCUAGAAGGCAGGACGUGAUUGGAAUACUCGAUCAGAAGGGGUCUGGGACAAGGUUGCACUGUCUGACGAGUGUUGGGUAACUCAUAGCAUAAAGUCACAUCACAAACCUUAGCUUUAGCGCUUAGCUUUAGCGCUUGGCUUUAGCGCUUGGCUUUAGCGCUUGGCUUUAGCGCUUGGCUUUAGCGCUUGGCUUUAGCGCUUGGCUUUAGCGCUUAGCUUUAGCGCUUAGCUUUAGCGCUUGGUAAAAGGUCAACAGGAGGCUCAGACAGGGGAGCCCUGCACAAUUAUUUUUUAAUCUUCAACAUAGAAAUGCUACUAAAAAUAAUUUACUGAAACUUGUUACAAGUGAUGGAGUCACCAAUGAUUCACCAAACAAUAUUUUCAAAGAGGAAGCAAAGUACUUUAAGCACGUUUUCGUUUAGUCUCCUCCAUCUCCACUAACCGAAGAUAAUUGUAUGGAUUUGUUUUCUAUUAAAAAUGUAAAAUUAACAGCUGUACAGAAAGACUCAUGUGGAGGAACUUCUGGAUGCAAUUAAAGCCUUUAAGUCCGGGAAAACUCCAGGGUUGGAUGGCAUACCGGUGGAGGUAUACCAAACCUUUUUGAUGUACUCAGAGGACCGUUAUUAGCACUCCUAUAAAAAUGGUAGAUUAUCAGAUACUCAACAAGGUCUGAUUUCAUUAUUACUGAAACAGGACCCAAGUGGUAAAUAUAAAGAUCCAGUCCAUUUAAAAAGUUGAAGGCCCCUUACACUUCAGUGUUGUGAUGCAAAAAUCCUAGCAAAAUGCAUAUCGCAUAGAAUUAAAAAGGUAUUGUCGGAUAGUAUUCAUCCUAAUCAGACAGGUUUUUUACAUGGACGAUACAUUGGAGAUCAUAUAAGACAAGUACUGGAAACAAUAGAACACUAUGAAAAAUCUGGGAAACCAGGCCUGGUAUUCAUAGCUGACUUUGAAAAGGCUUUUGAUAAAGUACGACUGGAAUUUAUAUAUAAAUGCCUGGAAUAUUUCAAUUUUGGAGAAUCUCUUAUAAAAUGGGUUAAAGUUAUGUAUAGUAACCCUAUGUGUAAAAUAGUAAAUAAUGGCUACUUCUCAGAAAGUAUUAAACUGUAAAGAGGAGUAAAACAAGGUUGUCUAUUUAUUAUGGCCAAUCGAAAUGUUAGCUAUUAAAAUCAGAUCCAAUAAUAAUAUCAAGGGGUUAGACAUGAAAGGGCUUAAAAAUAUAGGUGUCAUUGUACGCUGAUGAUUCAUGCUUUCUUUUAAAUCCACAACUUGAAUCCCUCCACAGCCUCAUAGAGGAUCUAGAUACUUUUUCUAACGUCUCUGGAUUACAACCAAAUUAUGAUAAAUGUACUAUAUUACGUAUUGGAUCACUAAAAAAAUACAACUUUUAUAUUACUGUGUAGUUUAUCAAUAAAAUGGUCUGACGGUGAUGUGGACAUACUCGGUAUACAUAUCCCGAAAGAAAUAAAUUAUCUUACUACAAUACAAUUUAAUAGAAAGAUAGCGAAAAUAGAUACGAUCUUGCUACCAUGGAAAGGUAAAUAGCUGUCUAUUUGUGGAAAAAUCCCCCUGAUUAACUCUUUAGUCAUGUCCCAGUUUACCUAUUUGCUUAUGGUCUUGCCUACGCCUAGCAACCUGUUUUAUAAAUUAUUUGAGGAAAAAAUAUUCCAUUUUAUUUGGAACGGCAUGCCAGACAAAAUUAAACAGGCUCAUUUAUAUAAUGAAUAUGAAUUCGGAGGGCAAAAAUUAUUAAAUAUUAAAGCAUUAGACCUCUCAAUAAAGGCUUUAGUCAUACAAAAGUUAUAUUUAAAUCCGAACUGGUUCUCUGGCAGAUUAGUAACAAUGUCUCACCCCGUGUUCUAGAAUGGCCUUUUUCCCUUCAGAUUUCAUAUUCAGAUUACAACCUCUCACUUUCGGUUAUUUGAAAAUGAAAUAAUCUCCAAAAUAUCACUAUUUUUAAAACAAGCUAUAGAAAGUUGGUUGCAAUUUCAGUUUAAUCCACCAGAAAAGACAGAACAAAUAAUACAACAAAUAUUGUGGUUAAACUCAAAUACACUAAUUGAUAAAAAAUAUAUUAUUUUUCACCACCAAAAAAAAAAAGUAUAAUCUUUGUCAAUUAUAUCAUAAAUAGGACUGCUGGAGUUAUGUCACACAUGCAAUGACUCCAACCAAAUGCUUCCUGUAGUUGUUGAUCAGUCUCUCACGUCGUUGUGGAGGAAUUUUGGCCCACUCUUCCAUGCAAAACUGCUUUAACUCAGUGACGUGUGGGUUUUCAAGCAUGAACUGCUCGUUUCAAGUCCUGCCACAACAUCUCAAUUGGGAUUAGGUCUGGACUUUGACUAGGCCAUACCAAAACUUCCAAUUUGUUGCUUUUUAGCAAUUUUCAUAUAGACUUGAUUGUGUGUUUUGGAUCAUUGUCUUGCUGCAUGACCCAGCUGCGCUUCAGCUUCAGCUCACAGACGGAUGGUCUGACAUUCUCCAGUAGAAUUCUCUGAUACGGAGCAGAAUUCAUGGUUCCUUCUAUUAAGGCAAGUCGUCCAGGUCCUGAGGCAGCAAAGCAUCCCCAAACCAUCACACCACCACCUCCAUGCUUGACCUUUGGUAUGAUGUUCUUACUGUGGAAUGCAGUGUUUGGUUUUCGCCAUUCAUAAUGGGACCCAUCUCGUCCAAAAUGUUGACUCAAGUUUGCCAAAAAGCACCUGGAUGAUCAUCAACACUCUUGGAAGAACGUUCUAUGGACAGAUGAUUCAAAAGUAUAACUUUUUGGACGACAUGGUUCCAGUAAUGCCAGUACUGUGUAUAUAUAGGUAGAAACUGGAUGGGCUUCAGAGGUAGAUGGGAGGGGUUGAUGGUAGCUGAAGGAUGGGAUUAAAAACAAACAAAAGAUAACUUUUGUCAAAUGUAUAUAGUAUGUAUAAGAUGGAAGUAGAAGCCUAAGUGUUGUUGGCUAUUAGUUUACUCCAAUUAGGGGAGGGGUUGGUAGGGUUAGGGGAAAGAAUAAAGGAAAAUAUAUUUAAAAGAUAUAUUUACAAAAAAUAUAUAUGGGGGAUUGGAAAUGAUGCACAUAAUUACAUUGAUGGAAGUUACAAUCUAUCUGCACUAUUAAAGCUGAUCUACCCCCUAAAAAAAAAAACAACGUUUAAAAGUACGACAGAGGAAACAGGUCACACACACACACACACACACACACACACCACUGUGAUACAUGUGGUUGUGCUGUGGUCACAUAGACCGAAAAGGCACAGUGUUUACCAGACAGCUGCAGCCCCAGCCUCCUGCAAUCAGCUUGGUUCAAACAAAAACCCUCAUCUUUCUCUCAGUCUGUUUAUCGUAUACUUUGUACAAAGUGCCACAUUUUGUUACGUUACAGCCUUAUUCUAAAAUGGAUUAAAUACAUUUUCCCCCUCAUCAAUCUACACACAAUACCCCAUAAUGACAAAGCAAAAAAAAAAAAGAUACUUAAAAAAAAACAACAGAUACCUUAUUUACGUAAGUAUUCAGACCCUUUGCUAUGAGACUCAAAAUUUAGCUCCGGUGCAUCCUGUUUCCAUUGAUCAUCCUUGAGAUGUUUCUACAACUUGAUUGGAGUUCACCUGUGGUAAAUUCAAUUGAUUGGACAUGAUUUUGAAAGGCACACACCUGUCUAUAUAAGGUCCCACAGUUGACAGUGCAUGUCAGAGCAAAAACCAAGCCAUGAGGUCGAAGGAAUUGUCCGUAGAGCUCCGAGACAGGAUUGUGUCAAGGCACAGAUCUGGGGAACGUUACCAAAACAUUUCUGCAGCAUUGAAGGUCCCUAAGAACACAGUGGCCUCCAUCAUUCUUAAAUGGAAGAAGUUUGGAACCACCAAGACUCUUCCUAGAGCUGGCCGCCCGGCCAAACUGAGCAAUCUGGGGAGAAGGGCGUUGGUCAGGGAGGUCACCAAGAACCCGAUGGUCACUUUGACAGAACUCCAGAGUUCCACUGUGGAGAUGGUUGUCCUUCUGGAAAGUUCUCCCAUCUCUGCAGCACUCCACCAAUCAGGCCUUUAUGGUAGAGUGGCCAGACGGAAGCCACUCCUCAGUAAAGGGCACAUGACUGCCCGCUUGGAGUUUGCCAAAAGGCACCUAAAGGACUCAGACCAUGAGAAACAAGAUUCUCUGGUCUGAUGAAACCAAGAUUGAACUCUUUGGCCUGAAUGCCAAGUGUCAUGCCUGGAGGAAACCUGGCACCAUCCCUAUGGUGAAGCAUGGUGGUGGCAGCAUCAUGCUGUGGGGAUGUUUUUAGCGGCAGGGACUGGGAGACUAGUCAGGACCAAGGGAAAUAUGAACAGAGCAAAGUACAGAGAGAACUUGCUCUAGAGCACUCAGGACCUCAGACUGGGGCGAAGGUUUACCUUCCAACAGGACAACGACCCUAAGCACACAGCCAAGUCUCUGAAUGUCCUCGGAUGGCCCGGACUUGAACCCAAUCGAACAUCUCUGGCGAGACCUGAAAAUAGCUGUGCAGUGACGCUCCCCAUCCAACCUGACAGAGCUUGAGAGGAUCUGCAGAGAAGAAUGGGAGAAACUCCCCAAAUACAGGUGUGCCAAGCUUGUAGCGUCAUACCCUUAGAAGACUCAAGGAUGUAACCGCUGCCAAAGGUGCUUCAACAAAGUACUGAGUAAAUGGUCAGAAUACUUAUGUAAAUGUAAUAUUUGUCAUACAGGGAAGGGAUUUAAACCGGCAGGUAGCUUAGUGGGUAAGAGCGUUGUGCCAGCAACCGAAAGGUCGCUGGUUCUAAUCCCCGAGCCGACUAGGUGAAAAAUCUGUCGAUGUGCCCUUAAGCAAGGCACUUAACCCUAAUUGCUCAUGUAAGUCGCUCUGGAUAAGAGCGUCUGCUAAAUAUGUAAAAUGUAAUGAAUUAACAUGAAUGUGUCAUACAGGGAAGGGAUUUAAACCACAUAGCUGAAUUAACAUGAAUGUGUCAUACAGGGAAGGGAUUUAAACCACAUAAACCAUGGAAGUGAUUUAUGCUGCAUUCAAAACAACUGGGAACUCUGAAAAUACCGAGCUCGGACUGGGAAAAAUAGAAUUGAAUGGUCAUCCAACAUGAUUUUACAUCGUAUUUUUCCGAAUUCCCAGUUGUUUUGAACGCAGCAUUAAACCACAGCUGAAUUAACAUGAACGUGUCGUACAGGGGAUGGGGGAGUCUGAUUUAAACCACAGCUGAAUUAACAUGUCAUACAGGGAAGGGGGAGUCUAAGCUAACACUCUGCUAAUGAAAGCUAGGUUGUUUCCCAACCGCUCACGAUUUGAUCUGUUCUAUCAUGAAGCGUCGACCACAGCAGUGCUUUAGUGUUUAUGAGGUGACCUUGGUCACAGGCUCACACAUGGUGUCAAAAGAGGUGCAGCGCUCUAUUGAUUUAAGACUGUGUUUUUAUCAACGUAUUACAUUUGUUAAACUUUUACAUUUCGGGUGGACAUAUUCUUAUUCUGUGAUAAGUGUCUGACUACACAUCUCCUAACCUCACAGAUGAUCUGUGUCUCUUCUCUGCAGAGCUCAAUACAACACAAGGAGGAUAACCUACAUCCAGUGCCAUAUGAUGAGGAACGAUGUCUCUCAGGGCAUGUAGUGCCACCAUCGCCCCCUUCAGGAAGCACUGGGAAGGACGGAGCGAGUGAUGAAGAAGGUGAGGGCGAGACGGAGGGGGAGAGAAGCAGUGGGGGAGGACAAGGAUACAAGACACGAGGGAUCACUGCCGAUCUGACCUCUCGUAACCCCCUCUCCUCCUCCUCCUCCUCCUCUUCCUCUAGAACAGAGGUGUUCCUACACCCCUAUCCAAAAGCACACUUCUCGGCAUAUCCCACUGCCACAUCCACAGACACUCAGACCACUGCUGAGACAGAGUCCAACCGUCCUCACGUUCCUGUCUUCAUAACCAGCGACCAACAGCCUACAUCUCUGCACAGGCCUGACCGCCUCUCAAUGUCCCUAUCAAACAACCAUCCACUGUCUAAACCCUCACAAACCAGUCAGCUUCCAGAGUCAGCUCGGUGUGCCUCACGGGGACAGGACUUGAGCUUCAGUCUCUCCUCAGAGAGAGACACAGGGAAUGUAGAGGGAUUACAUCCAGGGGAGGAGGAGGAGGAGGAGGGGAGCUGCCUGGAUGUUAACCUGCUGUCUGUAACCCUAGGUAGGCAUGAGGAGAUGAAGAGGCAGAGAGAGAUGAUGGAACCAGAACAUCUCUCUCUGGGGGAGCCCCCCGAGCCCACCACUCCCUUCCUGCCCUCUGACACCAAGUGUUGGGCCCCAGAGCCUGUCACAACACAGACACAGACUGCUACCUCUGAGGUUGAGGAAGAGGAGGAAGAGGAAGAGGAGGAGGAUUCUGGUUACAUGAGGCGA